AUGGCCGGUCUCGUCAACUAUCUCUUCAAUACCCUGUCUGCGGCAAUAUUUGGAACAGAAGCAGGAGAAGAAGAAGAGACAAUGCCAACCGCAUAUUACGACUGUGACCGAUAUACCCCUUCCACUGAAGAUGUCCUCUCUGUCAAAGAUGUCCUAUGCAAAGAAUUCAAGCUCCCGCUAGAGCUUGUCGACAGCAUCAUUGAUUUCGCCGAGUACUGGCCUCGAACAACAACCUGCAGGACAGGGGGAGAGCUACACGUCCGAUCAGGUCGAUCAAUUGAGAAUCAAUUUAUGCUACGAUCGUACCCUUUGGGCUACAUUCCAAACGAAGAUGCUCCUACCAUCUGUCCCAUGAUAUCCACCGGAAACCAUGAAUUCCCGGUUAUGCCCGCUCAACCGUACAAUUUAAAUGCAGAUAUUCUCCAGCAUGAUAACAGAGAAGAAGUAUUCUCGCGUUGGACUGAAGCUAGUCAAAUCCGAGGAGAGCACGCCUGCAGAAAGAUAGUCUUCACAAUCGUCAGCCAUGAUCAGGGCUGGGGUGGCAGCAGUGCAGAUAGAGGCACAUACAGAGGGUCUUACACGUGGUUUGACGUUGGCAAAGAGACAAUACACACCUGCGAAGACACUUCCGUCGUCAACAGAAUGAACCGAGAUGCGUUCCCUGUUCUACUUCCCAGGCACGGGGCUCCAGUAGAAUUUGAGGGGAAUGUUCCUCUCGCAUGCACAGUCGAAACGACCGUACCGACUGUUAACUCCUCUUCGCCAGACAGAUUCGAGCAUCCGCUCAUGCCAACCAUGAAAUCCCUGCAAAAGAACCUUACAGCAACAAGACAAUCGCAAGAACACAAGAUUACCUGGUCAUUCCAAGAUAACAUCAUGAAUCCUGAUUCUGUUGCCGGAACGGAUCUGGAAAGCCAAGGACGUGGGUCAGAGACCGCCAACGGAGCCUUUGUUAAAGAUAUGAAGGUUGGAGAUAUAGUGACCGUCUGGGCGAAAGCUAGGUUUCCAGGUUGGGUCAAUAUUGUUGAAAGUGUCAAGAUUGACGUCUACUAUGCGGUUUGA